AUGUCGUAUCUGAAAGUAAUGAUCAUAAGGAACACACUUUGCAUAUCCCUGGUGAUCCUUUCACUGUCCUUGGUUCAAGAAGUGUCUUCUGCAGAUUUAUCAAGCUGUACAGGGAGAUGUGGGGAAGGGUAUUCUAGAGAGCAUGACUGCCACUGUGAUUUUAACUGUCAACACUACAUGGAGUGCUGCCCUGACUUCAAGAAAUUCUGCACAGUGGAAGUCUCCUGCAGAGGACGUUGCUUUGAAAUCUUUGAAAGAGGAAGAGAGUGUGACUGUGAUGCAGACUGUGAAAGAUAUGGCAAAUGCUGCCCAGACUACACGGAACACUGUAAAGAGGCACAUGCAGAAAAGCCAUCACCAAAGACUCCUCCAGCAAACAAACCAACAUCUAAAAGGUCAUCCAAAAAUGAGGAAAAGAAGCCAGAGGAAGUAACGCAGCCCCAUGAAGUUAUGGAAGAUAAUGGCAGCGAACUGGAAAACAAAGUGACCAGUCCUGCUCCAACUACAAAACACUCUGACACAAAAACAACAACCAAAGCAACUACAUCUGGUCCAAAACCAAGUUUACCAACUAUGAUGAGUACUACCACAGAAGCAACAACUACCAAAGAGACCACUACGGCUGAGAAAGAGACCCCUGCAACAACAUCAUCACCAACAACCAAGGCAGAAUCUCCCACCACCCCCAAACCUGAAGACACAACCCCAGAGGCACCAACGACCAAGCCAAACUCUCCCACCACCCCCAAACCUGAAGACACAACCCCAGAGGCACCAACAACCAAGCCAGAGUCUCCCACCACCCCCAAACCCGAAGACACAACCCCAGAGGCACCAACAACCAAGGCUGAAUCUCCCACCACCCCCAAACCUGAAGACACAACCCCAGAGGCCACAGAGGCACCAACAACCAAGCCAGAGUCUCCCACCACCCCCAAACCUGAAGACACGACCCCAGAGGCACCAACAACCAAGGCUGAAUCUCCCACCACCCCCAAACCUGAAGACACAACCCCAGAGGCCACAGAGGCACCAACGACUGAAGCAGAGUCUCCCACCAGCCCCAAAUCUGAAGACACAACCCCAGAGGCCACAGAGGCACCAACAACCAAGGCUGAAUCUCCCACCACCCCCAAACCUGAAGACACAACCCCAGAGGCCACAGAGGCACCAACGACCAAGCCUGACUCUCCCACCACCCCCAAACCUGAAGACACAACCCCAGAGGCCACAGAGGCACCAACGACCAAGCCAAACUCUCCCACCACCCCCAAACCUGAAGACACAACCCCAGAGGCCACAGAGGCACCAAUGACUGAAUCAGACUCUCCCACGAUGCCUAUGGUUGAAGAUAUGACCCCUGAGGCCACGGAGGAAGCAAUAACUGAAGCAGACUCUCCCACCACCCCCAAACCUGAAGACACAACCCCAGAGGCCACAGAGGCACCAACGACUGAAGCAGAGUCUCCCACCAGCCCCAAAUCUGAAGACACAGCCCCAGAGGCCACAGAGGCACCAACGACUGAAGCAGAGACUCCCACCAGCCCCAAAUCUGAAGACACAAACCCAGAGGCCACAGAGGCACCAACGACCAAGCCAGACUCUCCCACCACCCCUAAACCUGAAGACACAACCCCAGAGGCCACAGAGGCACCAACGACCAAGCCAGAGUCUCCCACCACCCCCAAACCUGAAGACACAACCCCAGAGGCCACAGAGGCACCAACAACUGAAGCAGAGUCUCCCACCACACCUGAACCUGAAGACACAACUCCAGAGGCCACAGAGGCACAAACAACCAAGCCAGAGUCUCCCACCACCCCCAAACCUGAAGACACGACCCCAGAGGCACCAACAACCAAGGCUGAAUCUCCCACCACCCCCAAACCUGAAGACACAACCCCAGAGACCACAGAGGCACCAACAACCAAGGCUGAAUCUCCCACCACCCCCAAACCUGAAGACACAACCCCAGAGGCCACAGAGGCACCAAUGACCAAGGAAGACUCUCCAACCACCCCCAAACCUGAAGACACAACCCCAGAGGCCACAGAGGCACCAACAACCAAGCCUGACUCUCCCACCACCCCCAAACCUGAAGACACAACCCCAGAGGCACCAACAACCAAGGCUGAAUCUCCCACCACCCCCAAACCUGAAGACACAACCCCAGAGGCCACAGAGGCAACAAUGACCGAGGAAGACUCUCCAACCACCCCCAAACCUGAAGACACAACCCCAGAGGCCACAGAGGCACCGACAACCAAGCCAGACUCUCCCACCACCCCCAAACCUGAAGACACAACCCCAGAGGCCACAGAGGCACCAACAACCAAGCCAGAGUCUCCCACCACCCCCAAACCUGAAGACACAACCCCAGAGGCACCAACAACCAAGGCUGAAUCUCCCACCACCCCCAAACCUGAAGACACAACCCCAGAGGCACCAACAACCAAGCCAGACUCUCCCACCACCCCCAAACCUGAAGAUACAACCCCAGAGGCACCAACAACCAAGACUGACUCUCCCACCACCCCCAAACCUGAAGACACAACCCCAGAGGCACCAACAACCAAGACUGACUCUCCCACCACCCCCAAACCUGAAGACACAACCCCAGAGGCACCAACAACCAAGGCUGAAUCUCCCACCACCCCCAAACCUGAAGACACAACCCCAGAGGCACCAACAACCAAGGCUGCAUCUCCCACCACCCCCAAACCUGAAGAUACAACCCCAGAGGCACCGACAACCAAGCCAGAGUCUCCUACCACCCCCAAACCUGAAGACACAACCCCAGAGGCACCAACAACCAAGGCUGACUCUCCUACUACCCCUAAAGUGGAGGAGACAGAAGCAGAAUCUCCCACCACCCCUAUGGUCAAAGGGCCUACCCCUGAGGCUGACACCGCUGCCAUACGAAAAACAACACCUAUUGAACCAACAACUACUGUCCCUGGAUUAGUAACAACUGCUAAGAAAGACACAACCACUCAAAGCAGUGAGCCAGUCACAAGAAGUAGGAAGGAAACACCCAUACCUGAAGCUGACACUAUGGUUAGUGAAACAACAGCAGAAGAGAAAAUCACAACUCCUGUAUCCAAAGAGGCAACCAGCACAACUGCAAAAGACACGACUACCGCAGUACAAAGGAUAGUGGUGACAGAAGCUAGUACUACCGAGAUUGUAACAACAGCUGACAAAAGAGACAAAACAACAGCUAAAGCCAUUAUGACUCCUAUAACCAAAGAAACAACUAAAAUAGAAACAACCACAGUGAACAAAGUGAUAACGACACCCAAGAAAGACAAAACUACUGUGCUUAAAGACAUUUUAACAGCAACAAGCAGGAAAGACACAACUACUGAUGAUAUUCCAAAUACAACUCCUACAACCAAGCCAGCUGUCACUACAGCAGCUGAAUCAGAAGCAACUACUACAGACAAAAAGAGUGAAACAACAGCUCCAGAAAAAGAAACUACCCCAGCUAAACAAGACAAGACUCCCAUACCGAAAGAGACUUUAACAGCUAAAAAAGAAAGCCCCGUGGGAAUAGCAACUGUAACAACAGCAGCCACAACAGCUAUAACUUCCUCCACCAAGCCCACUGUGUUGACAGCUGCCAAACCAGAUUCAACUCCUAAGCCCAGGGAAAUUUUAACAACAAAUAAAAAAGACACAACUAUGGAAAGUAAGCUGGCUGUAACAGCAGCAGCUAAAGAGAGCACAAGUACUACUUGUGUUGUAGAGACAACAACAGCUGGUAAAAAAGAGGUAACGACCAUCAAGGAAACUAGCAUCACACCUGAAAAAGAAAUGGAAGAUGCCAUUGAAAAGGUCACUCAUAUUGACAAAGGAGGGGAAACUACAGUUACCAAAGAGACCACUACAAGAGAUAAAAAAGACACAAUAGAAGAAAUGUUUAUUGUUUCCAAUGGGACAUCCAAGCCAACCAUACAUUUUCAGGAGGUUACUGACACAAGAGAUGAGCCUCAUCCAGCUGACCCUGGAACUCUGCCAGUAAAAGAAGAGCCUGAGAUCAACAACAAGCCUUUAAUACAACCUGCAGACUUGCCAAUUUUAACUGGAGAGACACAAGCAAAGAAGGACGAGAAGGACCUGUGCAGCGGGAAGCCGGCGGACGGCAUGGUGGCCCUGCCGAAUGGCACCCUGGCUGUCUUCCGAGGUCACUACUACUGGCUGCUGAACGGCAGGAGCCCGCCGACCACCAGCCCCCGCCAGAUCAGCGACGGCUGGGGCAUCCCGUCCCCCAUCGACGCCGUCUUCUCCAGGUGCAACUGCGAUGGCAAGACCUUCUUCGUCAAGGGUCCCCUAUACUGGCGUUUCACUAACGGUGUUAUGGAUAAAGGCUAUCCCAAACCUCUUGCGAAUGGAUUUGCAGGGCUAAGUGGGAAAAUAGUAGCAACCCUCCCCGUGGCAAGAUACAACAACAGACCAGAAUCUGUUUAUUUUAUCAAAAAAGAUGGCAACAUGCAACAGUACGUGUACAGACAAGAACCAGCCAAGAAGUGUCAAAGGAGAACCCACGUUACCAUAAGAUACCCAGUUUAUGUCCCAAGACUUGUAAUAAGGAGACGCUUUCAACGUGCAGUAAGAAUGCCAACCAUUAUUCAGACUGUCAGAAUCAACCCAUAUCCAUCUGGAGUUUUGCGUAAGGAAAUCAAAAUGACUGCCUACUGGAAAGGGCUCCCAAAAGUUAUUCAUUCGACUAUCUCACUACCCAACUACAAUAAGCCAGAUGGCUAUGAUUAUUACGCCUUCUCUUACAACCGGUACUACAGCUUGGAUGUUGGCAAAAGAAUAGCAAGACCUGUUACCGCUCUCACAGGGAAGACUGUAUCCAAAGAUUGGUACAACUGUCCUAGCAAGUGA